AUGGAAGAGAUAGAUAUUAGGUUUAGAAUAAUUAUAGAACUCUGUUUGAACUCCUUGAAAAAUAUAUUUAUCUGUAUUUUAUGUUUAAUAUCAUAUUAUUANUUUGAAGGGUUUGGAACUUUAUACAAAAGACAAAGGUUACGUACAUUUAUGCCAACAGGUAGGAGCAUGGAUCAACUUCCCUGUUAUUGGAAUUGCAAAAUAUCGAUACCUGAAUUGUUCGCCAUGUUUAGCUUAUUGCGUAUCUUAUCCCUCUCUCAUUGUUCUGACCUUAAAGAGGUACCUGACUGUGUCGGCAAUCUUAAGUAUCUUCGUUCGUUAGACCUCUCUCGUACUGCCAUAAAAAAGUUAUCUGAAAGCAUAUGUUCACUUUCCCGCUUGCAAAUACUGAAGUUGAAUUAUUGUAGCGAUUUGGUGGAGUUGCCCUCAAAUUUGAAUUCACUCACCUCUUUGUGUCGCCUUGAAUUUAUAAAGACUAAAGUGAUAAAGGUGCCAGAUUUGAAAAAUUUGAAGAAUCUUAAAGUAAAGAUGAGUUCCUUUAACGUUGGCUGUAGUAGCGAGUUGGGUAUUCAACGGUUAGGAGAGCUAAACAACCUUCAUGAAAGCCUAUCAAUUGACGAGUUGGAGAAAAUUGAGAAACCCCGGGAUGCAUCAGAAGCAAAUUUGAAGAAUAAUACACACCUUGUGAAGCUAGAGUUGAAAUGGAAUUCAAGGAGGAAAGAUAACCCUAUUGAUUCAAAAAAAGAAGAGGAUGUAAUUGACAAAUUGCAACCUUCCAAAAACUUAAAGGAGUUAUCAAUCGUUAGCUAUGGAGGCACACAAUUUCCAGAUUGGUUACUAGAAGAUUCAUCGUGGGAGAUGGUGUCCUUAGCCUUUAAGGAAUGUAAGUCUUGCCAACGUUUACCUCCACUUGGACUUUGGAAAGAUCUAAAGGACUUGAAGAUUGGAGGACUUGAUGGGAUAGUGAGUAUUGAUGCUGAUUUUUAUGGGAACAACUCUUCUUCCUUUAAUUCCCUUGAAAAUUUAGAGAUCUCUAAUAUGAAACAAUUGGAAAAAUGGGAAUGUAAAGCUGUGAAAGGUGCUUUUCCAAGUCUGAAACGUCUUUCAAUAAGUAAUUGUCCCAAGCUGAAAGGAGAUCUGCCAGAGCAACUUGUUCCUUUAAAUGAUCUAAAGAUUUCUCAUUGUGAUCAAGCUUUAACUGUUACUGCUCUAAAAGUGCGAUGGCCUACAAUGAAACGUCUAAAAAUAGACGGGGACUACUUGGAAGCAUCAAUGGUGAAAAUUGUUUGGCACUUCACUUCUCUUGAAGUCUUAGACAUUAAUUCACACUCGAAGACAAACAGUGAUGAAUCUGUCUCUCCGUGGACCUUUCCUCUACAUUUCUUCCCAACAUUAAGUGCGCUUAAUCUCAGAGGGUUUCUUAAUCUGCAGAUGAUCUCACAGGAUGACCGUCAUAAUCAUCUCAAGUAUCUGACAAUCGAAAAGUGCCCAAAAUUUGAAUCAUUGCCUGAAAGCAUGCAUACAUUGCUUCCAUCUCUCAUGAGGCUAAGCAUAUAUGAUUGUAAAAAACUUGAGUCGUUCCCUCACGGAGGUUUGCCAUCAAAUCUAAAUUUCGUGAAACUCCAGAAUUGCUGCUCCACACUUAUUGGCUCAUUGAAAGGAGCUUUGCGAGCCAAUACCCUGAAAAGCUUGUGGAUUGGAAUCGUGGAUGCAGAAUGUUUUCCUGAUGAAGGUUUGCUUCCCCUCUCUCUUACUUCUCUAUGCAUCUAUUGUUUUGAAAAUCUAAAAAAAUUGGACUACGAGGGUCUUCGUCAACUCUCAUCUCUCGAAAAACUGAGUCUUCGUGAUUGCCCCAAUCUCGAAAGCUUACCGGAGGAGGGCCUUCCCGAAUCAAUUUCACAAUUUUCAAUUUCGGGUAACUGCCCUUUACUCAAACAUCGUUGUCAGAAAGAAGUAGGGGAAGACUGGGAAAAGAUUUCACAAAUCCAAAACCUGGAUGUGGAAUGAUAUUUGGCUGAAUGUAUGUGCACUGAGUUAUCUACAAUUCGAUCAAACAUUUCACUCUUGAAAUUCGUUUCCCAAAGUCCUACUAUAAAUUACCAUGACAUUGCUGACUAGUUUUUGAUAUAUUGUUUGAUAAUUCG